AUGCUAGUCUAUAGCGCGCUGCCCUUCUUGAACGAGCUGCGGGUGAUCACGGACUGGACAGUGACGGAGACCUCUAUGAACCUAUUCAUGUGGCUGAAGUUAGAAGAUGCCCAUCACGGCCUCUACCGGACACGCCUGGACAUGGAAGGUAGAGCAAUGACAGAACCCGCAGAAGCCCGACCCAUGUUUGAGAAAGUCUACAUGGGCGUGGCCUUGCUGUUCCUGCUGCUGGUGCUGCUGGUGGGCCCCAUCAUUUUCUUUUCCGCUUUGAACACCUUCAUGUUGGUUCCCAGCAUGGUGAUGUCUGCCACCAUGUCCGUGGACGUCAAGGUAGAAGCCAGUCAUGGCCACCGCAGCCUGAACCUGUAUCAAGCCGCUCAGGAUUACAUCUCACUCUGGAGCCGGGAGCGGGAGAACCUUUUCCGCAAGACGCUGCUGGACCACGAGAUGCCCUUCUCGCUGCAGGACGUCCGCUUCCCUGCCACCUCGGAUGAGUUUUGGGAGCGCUCGCCGCUGAUGCAGAAGAUGAUGGCGGACCAAAUGAACCCCAUCUCCAACCCCGAUGUGGUGGUGAAGCUGCGCUUAGCCUUCCAGUUCCAGCGGAACUCCUCCGUCACUGCUUCGGGCUUGGAGGAGGUGGUCCUGGGCAAUGAGACGCGGCGGGUGCUAGCCGAGAUGCUGAGCCAGCCGGAAAAGCAGCGCACCGCACACUCCUUCGAGGUGCCUGAGGUCUUUGAGAAUUACAGAAGGAUCGGGGACGGCGCUGACAUCUCCAGCGUAGACUUCAUCCAUGAUUCGCAGAUGGCUGGAAAGGCACCACUGCGCUCACCCAUCAAGAUGAUGUUCAAGCCUGCGGACGAUUCUCACCCUCCGUGCUGGCUCGCCGUGUUCAACGAGACGGAGGAGCCCUUGAAGGUCACGGUGGUGUCGAACAACGUGAAGUCCGGCGCGGCAGGCUCCGACAAGGAGACCAAGAUGUCCAUCAAUGGCUUGUACCUCGGGGUGGUGCUCACCAUUGGCAACCUCUUCCGGAGCAUCUUCAAGGACAGCUCCAAGCGGAUGAUCUAUGAGGAAGUCUCAGACACGGAUCUUCUGCUGGACUUGUGUGAUGGCAUCUACCUGGCACGAGUGCAAGGCAACCUGCGCGCCGAGUGGGAGCUCUAUCACGAGCUGCUGCGGAUCUACCGGAGCCCUGAGCUCCUGGCGCAUGUGUCCAGCAAGAAAGGUCACGGGGAGAAACCGAAACCGGAUGCCCCGGCGUCCAGCGCGCGCUGGGACCGGGUGGCCGUGCACCUCAGGUCAAACGCUGGGCAGGGGACCCGGGAAGAGAGCUGAGCCUCCAGACGAAUCGAUUGCCGAUUUAUACCCUUUUUCAAGCCUCGAACCAAGUGGAAAAAAACUGGGG